CGAGAGGGCCAGCCCCCCCGCACGCCACCGCCCCCCCCCCCCGCCCGCCGGUCGAUCUGGCCCACCCUCCCGCCGGCGAAGGCGCUGCCAGGCGGCCCUCCGCCCGAGGCCGAUCGGCACGACCACGCGCAUCCGCCAGCGCCGGGCCUUCGACACCCCCUCUCGCCCUGCUCGUGGCCACCGCCUCGUGGCCAGCCCCGAGCAUGCAAAGCGCGCUGCCAGGCCAGACCCACGCCCCUCCCCCUGCCUCCAAGGGGGCGGCGUGACAGGUGCAAGGGCGGGAGGCAUCCCAACGCCCGGUCCUGCCCUGGCUGGGCUGCGGCGCCGGCUCGGCCCCGACGAAGACAUCGCCGGCGCCGCCAUACCACCGGCUCCGGACCGAUGGCCAGGCGCCUCGCCCUCCUGGCCCAGGCUCGCCGGAGGGCUGCUCUGGCCCCGGGGCCACGCCCAGGGCACGGGCAUCCCCUCCUGGCUGCCCUCGCCGCGCCGGGACGCCCGCCGAUGCCGCCCAGGCCGCCGCCACAUCCCGGGUCAUUACCCCCCCCCCAGGCGGGGCCACGCCCAUGCCGGGCCCGGGCGCGUACACCAGGCACCCUACUCCACGCUGCGCAUAUAGAUGCACCGGGGCACGCGCCUGCGCGCACAAACACACAUGGCCGCCCGUGGACCUUCACCUCCCUGUGCACGCACGCCCACAUCCAUGGCCGGGCCCAGUGCGUCACCCGGCAGGGCGCCCAAGCCAGGGGCACUCGCGCCCGAGGGAAAUGCCCGGCCCUGUCCGCAGCGCCACCCGGCCAACCCCCGACAAGGGAACCGGCCCGUCUCGACGACCCUUUCGCAGCCACCCCCUCCCCCCAGGGGAGCCUCCUGCGCCCGCCACAGCCACAUGCGACCCGCGCCAGGGCGGCCCGCAUGGGGACAAUCCACAAACCCGGGAGACCGACGCUCCUCCCGGCCGGGGAGGGCCCAGCACCCGGUGCCUGGCACUGAGGGACCCGCACCGGCCACGUACGCCAUGCAACAGCGAAGUGUGCCCGCAGGCAGGCACGCGCAUGCCCGGAGCACAGGAGGCCAGAAUUCCGCCCAGCCCCUCGGCAAUCCGGCCCCGAGAUGGGCGGCGAGCGGCCACGGGCCACACAGGCCACGCCGUGUGACGGGACGCUUGCUGGCUUUUCGGCCGGGCCCCCUGGCGAUCCCGGACCCAGUGCACUCGCGCCGCGCAUUGUCGAUCGCCGCACACCCGCGACCGAGUCCCUCCCACCACCGGUGCCAUCUGCCGGCAGGGGGGAAGGCGCGCCGCCCCGACACGGCCCCCGCCCGGGCGAGGCACAGGGACACCCUCUCGCCACGCGGCCAUAAAGUCGCGCGGCCGAGAGCGAGCGCACAAACACUCAACCUUUCACAUGCGUGGCAUCCCCCCGUUCACCCCCCUGCAAAAGAGCCGCGGGCAUUCAAUUCUUUCCCUGGUAUACGCGAGGGGCCUCGACAUCAGGGGCGGCACGCAGACACCCCCGGGAGCGCUUUUCCAAUCAGAGGAUUAAUAGACCCCCCCUCCUAUGGCAGGCGGUCGUGACCGGGGGGCAGCGACACGGAAAGGUCGGCCACAGGGGCAGGCACCCGGCGAUGGAAACGCAAGCCCCACAACGCGGGCGGCACGAGGAGGGAAGGAUACCCGACAAUGGCCGACCAUCACUGGAUAGCCGGCUAGCCGCCACUGCGUACACGCUCGUUGGCCGUGGUGGGGACAAUAACCAGCCAGGGCUCAACCGACCGCUGGUGAUGCGCCACCCACCUCGGCCCAGGUGCCCAGGGACAAGAGACCCGGGCGGGGCGCGAGCGAGUGGGCGUCGGCAGCGAUGCGCCCCAAUCUUGGUGCGGGGCUCGCAGCAAGAAGGACGAGGGACGCCAACCGGAGCCCCAUUCGGAGCCCGCACACUCCCCAGCACGACGCGAAGACCCGCCGACGGGCCGAGAGCGGCGGACACGUAGCAGCGAGCCCAUGGAGGCACGAGGGACCAGAGUCCCACAAGCAGCAAUCGCGGGCCCAGCGGGGCGGCAGGCAGCCGCCGCGACACAGUCACCCCCGGAAGGGGGCACAGCGCAGGGCACGGACAGAACAAGAACAUCCAACCGCCAUGAUGGCACCCGGGGAUCCUUCCCAGCAAGGCGAUGGCUUUGGCGAUGGCGGCACUAGCGAGGCGCCACGGCCGGCCCGAGCAUCACCCCGAACGGACGACCAGUCACAACCAACCGCACCAGGGCGCUCCCCUUUCCCGCGGGGACCACCGACGACGGGCCGCGGCCGGGGAUAGCCUCCCGGACCGCGUAAAACCGAAAGACAGCAAAGAGAGGCAUGGCGACAUGUCAACAAGCCCGGCAGGAGCGAGAGGCCCGGCGCGGCCGGCCCUGGUCGGGACGAACAGAGGCAGCCUCAGCCGGCAGGUGCAUGCAGAGAGAGAGAUCAGGUCCCGCAGACCGAAUCACGCAGGGCACCAAGUGGGAAGGGCAAUCGAGGAGUACCGGCCCCAUGGAGGACAGCCCGCGGCAGGGCCGGAAUAGCACUCUUCCACAACUCUCCAUGCACAUGCCGAGGAUCGGCCUCGGGACACACUCUCCCGGCCGGGGGAUGAUGACAGACCAAAGAAGGGAAUCCCAACCACCACGGACAUCAGACGAGAAAAGUCCACACUGACCACGAAAAAAAGGCACACAAGCGCGAGUACGAGUCCAGACGUGUGAGUGCAAGCCAAGGGACCCGUCACGCCGACCGAUAAAGCCAGCCCGGGCACGGGGCACACACAUGCCAUGCACACACCGCGGCAGGGCCAGGCCGACCAAACGAGACGGGCACAGAGACGACACAACGAACCACGCCACAGGCGAUGCCAUCGCACAUGCGAGCCCGUGGCCGCGCCCG